AUGUCGUCCCCUGAAAUCAGCAGCGAGAAGCAGGCUUCACACGGCAUCGAGGUUGCCACCGAGCAGCCCGGUGUCGUAUCAACACACGGUACCGGCCUCGAUGAGUUGGCCAAGAUAAAGGGUGCCAAAGAGAAGAAGGUGCACAACGCCGAGCUGUACGCCGCCAUCAAAGAGUCCAACAUCAACCCCCGAAGCAAGGAGUCGUUCCACCUCUACUUCUCGAUCUUCGUUGCCUUCCUAUGCGCCUGUGCCAACGGGUACGAUGGAUCUCUCAUGACAUCGAUCAUUGCUAUGAAGCCCUUCCAGGUCAUGUUUAACACUACCGACACUGGACCGACUGCCGCUACAAUCUUCUCGUUGUACCCUGUCGGCGCCAUGGUUGGCGCUCCAUUUGCCGCUGUGCUCUCCGAUAACUACGGGCGCAGGAAGGCCAUGUUUAUCGGCGCUAUCGUAAUCAAUAUCGGUAUGGUCAUCGUGUCCACGGCGUCCGUCCUCGCUCAAUUCGUCGUCGGCCGUUUUGUUCUCGGCUUUGGUGUGGCCAUUUUGACCGUCGGCGCCCCUGCCUAUGCCAUCGAGAUCGCUCCGCCACACUGGCGAGGCCGUUGCACAGGCUUCUACAACUGCGGUUGGUUCGGUGGUGCCAUCCCUGCGGCCUUUGUCACAUUCGGCACAAACUACAUGGGCAAUGACUUCUCCUGGCGUAUCCCCCUGAUUCUCCAGUCCUUUGCCUGCGUCAUCGUCAUAGGCGCCGUCUUCUUCAUACCAGAGUCACCGCGUUUCCUCAUGGCCAACGGCCGUGAGGAAGAGGCCAUUGCUUUCCUCGUCAAAUACCAUGGAAAUGGCGACCCCAACUCCAAGCUCGUCAAGCUCGAGGUUGACGAGAUGCGGGAGGGCAUCAGACAAGAUGGAAUCGACAAGACCUGGUGGGACUACCGCCCAUUCCUUUUGUCGCACAGCUCUCGCUGGCGCUUCGCCCAGGUGAUUAUGAUCUCCGUCUUUGGCCAGUUCUCGGGCAACGGCUUGGGUUACUUCAAUACUGCCAUCUUCAAGGGCCUCGGUGUCACAAGCGUACCGCAGCAACUCGGAUACAACAUUCUCAACCAAGCUCUGUCCGCCAUCGGCGCCCUGACGGCCGUCUCCCUCACGGACCGAAUGCCUCGCCGCAAAGUUCUCGUGAUCGGAACAUUUGCCUGUGCCGUCGCGCUCGCCUUGAACUCGGGUCUCUCGGCUGCUCUCGACCAGCAGCAAAGAGAUGGCGGGGGUAUUAAUAUUUCUUAUGGUCAGGCCGCGCUGGCUUCCUAUUUCCUCUUCAACAUCAUCUUCUCUUUCACCUACACGCCGCUACAGGGUGUAAUUCCCACCGAAGCACUCGAGACGACCACUCGUGCCAAGGGUCUCGCCCUCUCUGGCUUCAUUGUUAACGCCCUGGGCUUCGUCAACCAAUUUGCUGGGCCCAUUGCCCUAGAGAACAUCCAAUACCGGUACAUCUUUGUGUUUGUCGGUUGGGAUUGCAUCGAGGCGCUGGCGUGGUACUUCUUUGGCGUCGAGUCGCAGGGCCGUACACUCGAGCAGCUCGAGUGGGUCUACAACCAGCCCAAUCCGGUCAAGGCGUCUCUGAAGGUCGACAAGGUCAUUAUAACCGACGAUGGAAAGGUCGCUGAGAAGAUUAUUGCGUAG